CUCGCUACAGUACUACUGCCGGUUUCAUCAUCGCGUGGAAUAGGGUGACAAUGUCUGAAGUUGCUGGAAAAAUGAAGAGAACGCAGCCCCUCUGGGAGGCUCCACGUGUUGAGAAGGAAACGAAGCUCAAGUUGUACAACAGCCUGACUCGACAAAAGGAAACUUUUGUCCCCCAGCAAGGUCGCCGCGUUACGUGGUACAGCUGUGGACCGACUGUGUACGAUGCCUCGCAUAUGGGUCAUGCAAGGUCGUACAUCUCAUUCGACAUCCUGCGGCGGGUGAUGACUCACUACUUCAACUACGAUGUCUUCUAUGCCAUGAACAUCACUGACAUUGACGACAAGAUCAUUGUCCGUGCCCGCCAGAACUACCUUUAUGACCAGUAUGUGGGCCAAGGCCACAGUCCCGAGAAGAUACUUGCUGAUAUCAAAGAAGCAAUGGGUCCAUUUGAAGCCAAAGUAUCCUCGGAAACUGACCCCGACAAAAAGGUCAUGCUGGAGAAAAUGAAGGUGAAGGUCACAGAAGCAGUAGGCUCCAUGGAAACCUCUAUGAACAAUGGAGGGAGCUUGGAUGUUGCGAGAGAGAAUCUCCUGAAGAAUGCCAAGGACGUGAUGGCUGGAUGGCUGGACAGGUCAAGUGGCUCAACAGUGUCGGACAACUCCAUCUUCUCGGACCUUCCCAGGCACUGGGAGGAGGAAUUCCACAAUGACAUGGAUGCCCUCAAUGUGUUGCCGGCUGAUGUCUUAACAAGAGUGAGCGAAUACAUCCCCGAAGUCAUAGAUUACAUACAGAAGAUCAUUGAAAAUGAAUUUGCGUAUGAAUCCAAUGGAUCGGUAUACUUUAAUACCAUGGCUUUCGACAAAUCUGCAAGUCACCAUUAUGGGAAACUGGUGCCUGAAGCAUACGGAGACAAGAAGGCUCUGUCGGAAGGCGAAGGGGAGCUAAGCGUGUCUGAGGAGCGUAUGGGAGAGAAGAAGAGCCAGAAUGACUUUGCCUUGUGGAAAGCUUCCAAGCCUGGAGAACCAUCGUGGGAAUCACCCUGGGGGAAGGGGCGUCCUGGUUGGCAUAUUGAGUGCUCAGUAAUGGCCAGUUGCAUCCAUGGAGAAUCUAUGGACAUCCAUACCGGAGGCUUUGAUCUCAAAUUUCCUCAUCAUGACAAUGAAUUAGCCCAGGCAGAGGCUUACUAUAAAAACAACCACUGGGUUCGGUACUUUCUUCACUCGGGUCACCUGACCAUCGAGGGCUGCAAGAUGUCCAAGUCCUUAAAGAACUUCAUCACAAUCAAAGAAGCGCUCCAGCGCAACACCGCACGCCAGAUCCGUCUGCUGUAUCUGCUGCACGCCUGGAAGGACACCCUGGACUACAGCUCGGAAACCAUGGACAUCGCCGUGCAGUACGAGAAGCAUGUCAAUGAGUUUUUCCUGACGGUGAAGGACAUUCUGCGUAAUUCUCCCAGUAAUGGUGUAGCAGCCUGGGACAAAUGGACUCAGGAGGAGAUAACUCUCAAUGAAAGAUUUCUGCAGAAGAGGGAUGCUGUCAAUGAAGCACUUUGUGACAACAUCGACACACGCACAGCCCUGGAGCAUAUACGAGAGUUGGUCUCCAUAGGAAACAGUUACAUCGCCAAGGCCAAGGCAGAGAAACGCAGGCCCAACCGACAACUCGUCUACAACAUUGCCGCUUACAUCACUCACCUGUUCAAGGUGUUUGGGGCUAUUGAAGGAGAUGAAGGCAUUGGUUUCCCAACUGGAGGUGCCGGCACCACUAAUGUGGAGGAGACUGUCAUGCCUUAUCUGUCAACACUUGCCACAUUCCGGGAACAGGUUCGACAAACUGCUCGGGAACAGAAAGCAACGGCCAUCUUGCAAAUGUGUGAUGACAUCCGUGACAAUGUGCUGCCGAAUCUGGGUGUUCGACUAGAAGACCACGAGGGGCAGCCCCCUGUCAUUAAACUCGUCGACAGAGAUACUCUUCUCAAAGAAAGGGAGGAAAAACUGAGACUGGAGCAACAGAAGAGGGAAGAGAAGGAGAGAAAGAAGAGAGAACAGGAAGCAGCCAAGGCUGCCAAGGAGGCUCUCAAGAAGAUUCCACCAAGUGAACUCUUCAGGAAAGAGACUGAUAAAUAUUCUGCCUUUGAUGAGCGGGGAAUGCCUACCCAUGACGCUGCUGGGAAGGAACUAGCUAAAUCAGCUGUGAAGAAGCUCCAGAAGCUGUAUGACGCUCAGGAAAAGAAGUACAAUGAACAUCUGAAGAACAUGGAGAAAGGUGGCGAUGCAGAUCAGGGGGCUGCCGCCAACCCUUGAUACCAACUGGACCCACAAUAUCACCAGGGUCGUACCACAUUGAUGUUACGUCUGCUUAUACAUGUUUGCAGGUGGAUUAAUGUCUGUAUGAAGAUGUUUAAGUCGUUCAGUAAUGCUCAUCAUCAUCAUCAUCAUCAACAUCAGCUUGCACAGUAAUUUGCUUCCAAACUUUUAUAUUGUAUCAGGGAUUGAGUUUCUCUGUAUCUUCAAACAUACUAAGAUUUCAUCAACAGAUCCAAAGCGUUCUAUGUCAAUAUUGUCAGUCUGUAGAUUUACGUAGUGUCAGUGUUGUAGGUGUUUGAAUGGAAUUUAGUCAGUGUAGUAAUUUAUUCAAUGGCUGCACACCACUUAAUGCUUCCGUUCAUUGAUUCACUGGGAAUAGAUGUCAGUUUAAUGUUGAAUACAUUAUGUUAUACCUCAAUCCUGGUACAGCAAUACCCAGGAUCCAUCACUAACAUUGGUAUAUUUAGGUAUUGCCAUCACCAUCUCUUGCUCAUAAUUCAUACAGAAUUUCUCUGGCACAAGAAUAUACCACAAUGUCUCUUCUGAAUGAGCUCAAGAUUCAGAUAUUAAGGUGAGGUGAGGUGAAAUUGGGUCAAACGUCAUGCUUGAGAAUAUUUCGCUCAUAUGACGACGUGCAUGCGUGUGUGUGUGUAUGGGUAUG